AUGCCAUCAUUCCGACUGCAGGGAUUUCAAUCGGUGAUCCGCGGCAACUCCCACCUGCUGCGUCAUCAGCAGCGCCGGUGGGCUCAGGUCCACGACGUCCGCUUCCUCGCCUCACACCACGAUCCCAAGUAUGUCUUGGACAAGUAUCGGUCCAAGCUGGACCAGAAGGCGAAGGAAGAAGGACAUGAGUCCGUCGAGUCGUUGAAGGAAGCCUACAACGAAAAAAUCCAAGAGCUCCGCCGCAAAGCAUCUACUGUAGCUACCCCAGAGCCCAGCACUCCUACAUCCACCACUGCCGUCCCAGACACACCCCCAGCUUCCCAAGCGCCCCCUCCCCCACAGGAAUCGCGCACCGCCAAAGCCGCACGCGCCGUCUCCAGCGACUCCAGCCCCGUCAAGCCCCUCAGCACCUACCUGGACGUCGAGAAGAUCCGCGAGCUCCCAGCGAAGGAGAUUGAGGCGCUCUGGCGUCUCCGCUUCGCGGAGAACUCGCACGCCAUCACCGCCGCCAUCCCCCUCGACACAUACAAACGCAUUAUGCAGGCCGCACGCGAGAACCCGCAGUUCAUCCUGCCCCUCCCGCGUCCGCAGACCCCCGAAGAGGCAGCGCAAGCGCCCGAGGGAGCCGGCACCGUUGCCGACAUUCACUUCCUCCAGUGGGGUUUCCACCCGCCUGCUGAGGGGUCCACUCUGUCCCCUUCUAAUAACCACACCUCGACUGUGAUCUUCACGAAUCUGGGUGUUUAUAAGAUGCACGGCGCUUAUGCCCAGCCUCACACUACUAUCACUCACCACCUUGAUCUGGCAGAUGAGAAGGGUCUGGUUCUUAUGCACGGUCAGAUUAUUCCCGACGGCGGUGUUUCAGCACCCGAGGCCACUUGGCUUGUUAGCUGUGUGCAGCGCUUCUAUGACUUUGAGGGACAGGCUUCUGGUCGAAAGAGUGAGCUUGUUCGCAUGUUCACCCGGGGUGAUGUUGAGAACUUCAAGGUUGAGGAAUUGGUGGAUGAGGCCGAGAGACUUCAGUAG